AUGCCCCGCAAAGCUACGACCACCGCUGCUGCUGAUGCUCCGGCUCCUCGCCGGUCUACACGGAUUAAAGCUCAGCCCAAAACUGAGCCUAUCGCAAAGGCUGCCGCCAAACCGAGGGCAAGAAAGCCCAAGGCCGACAAGGCCUCUGUGGUGGAGGGCGAAGAGAAGCCUGCGCCUAAGAGCAGAAAGCGCAAGGUUGCAGAGAAGGAGGCGGACGAUGCCGAUGCCCCCAACGGAGCUGCGGCCUCCGAAGACGAACAACCCCCGGCCAAGAAGGCCAAACCCGCAUCCAAGGCGGCGUCCAAGCCACCUUCAAAGGCCGCCGCAGCCACUAAGCCGGCAUCAAAGGCCGCCGCGCCUUCAUCGAAGCCAGCUUCCAAGGCUUCCCGCGCAGGUUCUGCCAAACCUGCGUCCCGAGCAUCAGCGAAGCCAGCCUCAUCCGCUGGUGCAAAGAAGCCUGCUUCCAGAGCGGGGUCCAGGAAGCCCGCCUCUAAGGCGGGGAAGACAGACACGGAGGCCGAUGCACCCGCUCAUGCCCCGGAGACUAUUGCAGAGGAGCCGGAGGAGGAAGCCGCUGCGGAAGAUGCUCUUGAGGCAGAGGUCCCAGUGCCGGUGGAAGCUUGA